GGAGAGCAGCUGCAACAAACAAACUAUAAUUAUAAGGAGAAUGUGACAUGGAACAAGAUUGAUGGUAUAUUUAUCGCACUCCGACAUAAAUUGGCACAAAUUACACAUAAUAGUUCUACAAAAACAGAUUCGUGAGAUCAAAUUCUUCCAAACAUAAAAGACCAAAUUGGUGAAUAUCCCACCGUCUUAAUCAGUACAUUGAUAACUCCAAUACGUUAAUGGUUGAGCUUCAGCAACCCCGGGAGCUGGUCUCACACGUAAAUGGCAGGCGUACGUUAAAGGGGAGAAUCUGGAGCAACAUAACAAUUGGAUCUAUUUAUUGAGGCUCAAUUCAAGUUGUUCUUCAGUAAAUCUCUUUGGCGAAUUCAAAAUGAAAAAUUUAAUACUGUUAGCGAUAGUGUUUGCCGUUCUGGUUCAUCCUUCUCAUCAGCUGAGUCGGCAUGAAGUAUUGUCGAAAUUUGUAGAGAGGAGGAGGUCUGGUGUGAGGAGUGAGGCAAAGGAAUGGGUAGCUCCUUCCAUUAGCAGUGAAUAUUCAUGGAAGCUCAAUCAAUACUCUCAAGAUGGAUUGCAGGAGAAUGACAAAAUAACCUCUCUGUCUGGCCAGCCAGCAGGAGUAACGUUUGCACAGUAUGCGGGGUAUGUGACGGUUGAUGCAGAGGCGGGGAGAGCACUUUUCUACUAUUUUGCAGAGGCCACUGAAGACCCAUCUACAAAGCCUCUGCUCCUCUGGCUCAAUGGAGGGCCGGGAUGCUCAUCUUUUGGAGUGGGAGCAAUGACAGAAUUGGGUCCGUUCCGCGUACAACCAGAUGGCAAAACUCUUUCUAAAAAUCCAUAUGCAUGGAACCAAGUGGCAAACACUCUGUUUUUGGAAUCACCUGCUGGGGUUGGAUUUUCAUACUCCAAUACCACCUCUGAUUAUCAAAAUGGCAAUGAUGAUAACACUGCUCGAGACGCUUACACGUUUCUUCUAAAUUGGUUUGAAAGAUUUCCACAGUACAAGAAUCGAGAUUUUUAUAUAACAGGGGAAAGCUACGCUGGAUUUUAUGUGCCAGAAUUAGCGGACACUAUUCUCAAAAAUAAGAACUCCCAAACAUCUUUCUUAAAUCUCAAGGGAGUUAUGAUUGGAAAUGGAAUCAUGAAUGAGGAGACAGAUGAUUGUGGUUCUAUUGAUUAUGAAUGGACACAUGCAUUGAUAUCAGAUGAAGAAUAUGAAAAUCUCCGUUGCAGUUCAUCUCCUUUGAGCUACACAGCUCACAACACACUUUCAUUUGGAGAAAUAUAUUUUGACGGACAAAUAGAUCCCUAUAAUAUAUAUGCACCACUUUGCUCUUCUGAUUCUAAUCUUAAAUGGGCAUCUUCUCUUUCUAUUGAUGAUACACCUACAAGUGGAUUAGAUGGAUUUGACCCAUGCAGUUCUGAUUAUGUGUUAACCUACCUUAACACGCUAGAAGUGCAAAGUGCUCUUCAUGCAAAUGUAACAAACUUGCCUUAUGAAUGGACUGAAUGCAGUGGCGUACUCUCAUAUAACAUUAAUGCAACCACAAUGUUUCCAAUCUAUCAAAGAAUGAUGGCAGCGGGAUUAAGAAUACUCGUCUACAGUGGAGAUGUGGAUGCAGUGGUUCCUGUUACUGGCACAAGAUAUUCCAUUAAUGCAUUAAAGCUUCCAAUUGUGAAAGCAUGGUAUCCGUGGAUGAACACAGAGCUAGAUGUGGGGGGUUAUAGUGUAAUUUACAAGGGCUUGACAUUUGCAACUGUGAGGGGCGCAGGGCAUGAAGUGCCUAGUUAUCAACCUUCUAGAGCCUUGACUAUGACCAAAUCUUUUUUGGCUGGCAAACCUCUCCCAUCAUAAUAAUUCUCUCUUUUGAUAUUUAAUAAUAGCAUUCAAAUAGUUUCAUAAUUAUCAUUACAAUUGGCAUAUGUACAAUCUAUUUAAGACAAGGACCUCACAAAACUCUUAUUGUAUAUGACUCUUAUUUGCAUAUUUGGGCACAAAAUCAUAUUAUAUAAAUUUGACUUAUUAUAAAGUUGAAGUAUGAAAAGA